GAUAACACAGAAAGGGAUCUUUCUGAUCUUCUAAAACGACCAGACUCCAUUUUGGAGUCGGGCGUUUCAGAACUUGCAACUAGUUUUAUUGAAACAUCCGGAAAUCCUUCCGAUUUGGUUGUAUACUUGUCCGAUAGUUAUACCGGUGCUUCAGAGCAGAUACGAUAUAUGCAAGAUUUAUUUAAUGAAUUUUGUGAAGACGAUACGGAAGCAUUAAUCCAGGAUACCAUGAGUAGAAUGGUUUUAGAUAAAUAUGAUAAUGUUUGCAUUGAGCAGUCUUUCAAUAAAAAUUCCAAGCAAUUAUUACAAAAUACUCUGGGUUUAAUAGAAAGUCCAUAUUGGCGUAAUAUUAUUUACCAAUUAUCAGUUAAAUAUCCUACAAGCUCUUUCCUUAACAUACUUAUAAAGGCCAUAUCAGAGAAAGGCUUGACUCAUGAAAUUCAACAUUUACCAGCGACAUCUACAUAUGCCAAUGUACAAUUGAAAGUUAUUAUUGAUCAGUUGAACAAAAUAAUAAGAACAGAUGACAGUGGAGUUGAAAAGCUCCUGCCUGAUUUGGUGGAAACUGCGAGUCUGCAGCCUCACUCUUACUUAAUUGCGCAAUCUAUGAUUAAAAGUCUAUCCAAUGAAAAAGGAGGAUAUUCAUUGCGUAAAAUAUAUAAAGGGUUGGAGCAAGGUGUGAGGGCGGCCUCUAAUAGAGCAGAAUUUGUUGUACUUUUGAGAAAUUUAUUAAAUAACCCACCACCGACGGUGGGUAAUGUAAUAAAUCGAUCACCACCAACUCCUGGAGAUGUAGUUGCGCUUCACAAAGUUUAUUCUGGUCCCGAUGCACCAUCCCCUAUUUAUCUAAGAGAUCCUGAACUAUUGCAUUAUUUGAUGACUACAAUCUUUGUUCCAAAUACAAAGGCAGCGCAACUAAAAGAAGAUCUUCGAGCAAAGUAUCUAUAUUUGAUUGCCUUUGCCGCAAGUGUAAAAGAAAAUGAAGAUAAAACGUUAGAUACCUCGAAAUUAAAUGAAACCUUUAGUAUAUUGAAAAAACUUGAAGCUGCAAUAUCGAAGAAAGGAUCAUUUGGGACAGAAUUAAAUAAUGUUAUCUCAGAAGUCGUCGAUUAUAUCCAUGUCCCAGCAGCUUCUAUGGCACUUAUCUUUUGGUGUCGAUAUCUACUUCUUGAAACGUCAUACUAUGAAAAGUACUUCAAAAUGCAUGAAUCUUCUUUACCUUUACUCCUGUUAGAAGAGAUAGCUUUUCAGCAUCCUUUACAGCAUCAACACCUUUUUUCACUGUUUGCUGAUAAUCUUUUACUUCAAAAUCGAUCAUUGUCUCCUGAUACCCUAAUGACUAUUCGGAGAUUAAUACUUGAUCGGAUGUUGUAUCUUGUACAAUUGGGAUAUGUUAUUCCAAUCUUAAAUUUCGUCGAGAAACAUUCAAAGCGUCUUUCGGAUGGAAGCCACUUAUCUUAUUUCGUCCGUAAGAUUCUUGAAAUGACAGAGGGGCCUUACUCAACCGAGUAUUAUGAACUGCUACUUAAAUUGAUUGAAGUCGCACAAGCAGUUCUGCUAAGCGGAACAGAAACCAAAUCUCUUACAAAGAAAUUUCUAGGUGAUGCACCAGAUUCAAUAGAAGGCUCGCAGAGUCAAAAGAGACUUCGGAGUUUACAAGGUUACUUUUCGUAA